AUGAAAGGUGAAAUUCGGCUACAGAAUGCUCAAGUUGUUCGGCAUUCUACCAAUCCGAAACGAUUUUCUAUUGAAACUAAUACUGAAUGUCUCCAGCUUAAAGCUCACAGUAAUCAUGAAGCUGAGCAGUGAAUUCAAGCAUUAAAGAGCUUGCAGCAAGAAUUUUAUAAAAGACUUUCAUGGUCACCUUCUAUAGCCACUGAACAACAAGAGCUGCCAGAAGACUCAUCUUUAUUAAACUUUUUGGCCUUACUCCUAUAAAUCGAAACAAAAUAUUGGUAAAAUUGCCAUUUUUGGGUAAAUAAACCCCUUUCAAUCUAAAAAAAAUUAAAUUUUAAAUUUGCCUAAAGCUUGUUCUUUUUUAACGAAGUUAGUUUUUUUAAAGUCAAAAAUUCAAUAAGUGCUUUUAUUGAGAAAAAGUUAGUAUAGCUUUUUAUAUAAAAAAUUAAUUCGAGAAGAGUUUUUCGUUCCAAUUUAAAAGGGAAGAGUUAAAAUUAGGUGAAAUAUCAGGGUUCCAUGCAGAAAUGCAAGAAGCUGUUGAUUUAAUCCCUGAAAAAGUUCGAAGUAGUAUUCCUGGCUUGCAAAAAGUUCUAAAGAUAUCUUCAAAAAUUAAGCAGGUGGCUCUUGAUUCGCUUAGGGUUAUUGAUGAAGAAGGUAAAAAGACUUUUCCAAAAAUAAAGAUUUCUCUUAUUAAUGACUCAGAAAAUAUAGAAAAAUCUUCAUUUAGAUAUUCUGCAACUGAUAUAAAUGAAUAUCAAGAAACUGAUAGAGAAAAUUCUAUAAAUAAAAUGGCUUUCGCUCAAGCGAAGUUAGCACCGCUAACUUUCUCUCACUCAAGCAAUUUUAUUUAUGGGGUUGGGUUUUUACCUCGGGAACUUUCUGCAUAGCAAUAGCGUUUUAGCUUUGGGGAUAACCAGAGGAAUUGCUCCUUAGUGCGCUCAAGACCUUGAGUUUUUACCCCGCACACCCGAAGGAAGGUGGACCCUCAGGGCGGAACACGCCCAGGAGCUGAGUCAAAUAAAGCCGUGGCGACAGCAAAGCCCGUCGAAGCCGGAACGCCUUAUUUGUCCGUGCCUUGGUGAUCAAAAGGGAUCGAUCCAGAGGUCCACAGGCCCGACACGUGUACAAAUAUGGUGGCAGCUCUGGAGUUGGAACCCCGUAGUGGAUGUUAAGCGUUAUAAAUUUUAUAAGAUAAGAUAAGAUAGAAAAAUUCUAUUUGAAGAAGAAUGUAAAGAAAUUGAAGAAAUUGAAUUUGAAGAUGCUAGAAGUGAUAUUUCAGAUGAAGUAGAAAAAAUUAGCAAUGAUAGGCAGAUAUCUAUUGUUCCUCAUAGAAAAUCGUUACCCUUUUUAAGGAACCCAAAUCAGAAGAUCAAUAUUUGAAAAGUGGUUAAAGAUUCAAUUGGAAAAGAAUUGAGCAAAAUCACUGUCCCAGUUUAUUUUAAUGAACCUUUAAGUUUUAUUCAACGCUUCACAGAAGAUUUAACUUAUAGUGAAAUCAUAGAGAGAGCUUGCAUUGAAAAUGAUCCUCAACUACGCUUAGCAUUAGUAGCCUGCUUUGCAGUUUCUGUUUAUGCAAAUGGCACAAAUCGAACUAUGAAACCUUUCAAUCCCCUAUUAGGUGAAACCUAUGAACUUGAAACUAAAGGAUUUCGUUUAAUUUCUGAGCAAGUAAGCCACCAUCCUCCAGUUUCUGCAAUGCAUUGUGAGCACCUCAAAUAUAUCUAUUGAGGAAACACAGAAGUAAAAACUCAUUUCAAAGGAACUUACAUCCAAGCAGUCCCGCAUGGCAUCUUUCACCUAGUUUUAAAAGAAACAAAUGACCAUAUAGUCUGACAUAAGCCCAAAACUAAUAUCUACAAUAUUAUUAUGGGGAAAAUCUAUAUUGAUAAUUCUGGCUCAAUUGAAAUAUCAAAUUUUAAUAAUGGAGAUAGAGCAACGAUUGAGUAUAAAAAGAAAGGGUGGUUUGAAAAAGUUACACAUGAGCUUGAAGGGAGCGUUUUUGACAAUUUUGGUAAUGAGAAGUACAAAAUUGAAGGGAAAUGAAACGAAGCUGUCAUUAUUAGAAAUGUUUUAUCAGAUAAAGUGGUGUUUGGAUACGAAAUUAAUCAAUUUCCUGAAGGAUAUGAGCAAAGCUAUUAUUUCAGUGAUUAUGCAAUGCAGCUAAAUAGUCCACCAGACUAUUUUAUUAAUCUACCAAAAACAGACUCAAGGUAUAGACCAGAUCAAAGAGCUUUAGAAAAUGGAAAUCUUAAGCUCGCAGCAUCUGAAAAAUGAAGAUUGGAAGAAAAGCAAAGACAUGUAAGGAAAAAGAGAGAAGAGAGAGGAAUUGAGUAUAAACCAAGAUGAUUUUACUAUGAUCACGAUGAAUGGCUUUACAAAGGAGGAUAUUGGGAUUAUAAAAAUAGUGGCGAUUUUUCAGAUCUUCCAGACAUAUUUUAA